CCUUAUUCUACAAAUCUAACAAAAACUUCUAAUCCAUGGAAGACACGAGGGAAAACCUUAACCGCUGGGCUCUCGUAUCCUCACUCUACGGCCCCGGCACCUUCUGGAGCUGGCUCAUCAUCGUAGCCUCCGUCUUCAUAAGCUGGGCCAUCAACCCGGUCACAAAACGCUUGGACUCAAUCACAAACGACACAAUCGCAGCGCUCACACUACCUGUGGUCGCAGCUGCAGAUGCACUCUACCAACUUGCCAAAUAUGAUCGACCUGAUCGUCCACGUUUGUUGUUGAGCCAUUCGCCAGAGGACAUCCAACUCGUCGCUGCGCUUGAAGCCCCGCUUGCUAUCUGCGAAGUCUACGUUGUGCUGGCUAUUUUCCUCCAUAGCGCUGCGUCGAGGAGAUAUCAGUGGAAGCGGGUGGGCUGCGUUACUCUUUCGACUCUUUUGUGCUUUUCGCCGCAGUUGGUUAUCUUCUUUACAUAUCCUGAUCUUCCUGUCUCGAGGAGCACAUUCGCUCGACCGUUUCUUUUCAACUUUGUUCUGGCUUUGGGGUUUAUAUCGGGGAUCAUGGCUAUCAUGACUGGUGUGUCGAUUGUUCGGACUGUUGUUGUUACAAUGUAUCGCAGCGCCAAGCCUUAUAGCACUGAAGGCCAAGACUCGUCUAAGGAAAGGCGCAGCGGGUUUGAGAAAUGGUCGAAUAUAUUCGCGGCAGUUCUCAUCGCAAGCAUCAUCUCGAUUGUCAAAUAUGGGUUUAUUGGCAAUACACAGUACUUUGCUGGAAGGGUGCUCGGAUACCAGACUCGCAUAAUGAGAUUUACACCGAAGAGUAACGUCUCUCUGACUGAUUUGGAUCAGAUUGUUGCGCUGGCUGGUGGAGCGUUUACUUUUGCGUUCAGUAUAUAUGAUGCUGCGAAGGGGUGGCGAUUGUCAUCCAGCUCUCGAAUUGGAAAUCAUGGUUAGGCCAGUGCGGCUCAUCAGAUUAAUGCAGUUGUAGAGUUCCUUUGAUAUCCUGAAUCUGAGACAACGUUGACUAGGUCUCGGGCUUACAUGAGAUGUAGGGG